AGUUGGCAUGAAUUUCCUGUGAAUCACUCUCUCCUCACCGUUUCCUUGAUUGCUGCUCGCGAGACAAGGUUUGCAGAUCGAAUUCUCUCCGCCUGUUCCAUAUCCGCAUCAGUUUAAUCUGCAUUUCUUAUCAUUGAAGCGGCCUGCUUCUAGAACAGGAAUAUAGAAAAUGAACUUGAACAAUGUCAAUGUUCCCAAGAUGCCCGGUGGUGGAGCAGCCUCAGCCUUAAUCAAGUUGGGAGUUGUUGCUGGGCUUGGUGUUUAUGGAAUUGCUAACAGUCUAUACAAUGUUGAGGGUGGGCACCGUGCCAUUGUGUUCAAUCGUAUUGUUGGGGUUAAAGAGAAGGUGUAUCCUGAAGGUACACACAUAAUGAUCCCAUGGUUCGAAAGACCAGUCAUUUAUGAUGUCCGAGCUCGACCUCAUCUAGUAGAGAGCACUUCAGGAAGUCGUGAUCUCCAAAUGGUUAAAAUAGGUCUUCGAGUUCUCACUCGUCCGGUGCCUGAUCAGUUGCCCACUAUUUAUAGGACUCUUGGUGAAAACUACAAUGAGAGAGUUCUGCCAUCAAUUAUUCAUGAGACUCUUAAAGCUGUGGUUGCACAGUACAAUGCUAGCCAACUUAUCACCCAGAGAGAGAAUGUCAGUAGGGAAAUUCGUCAAGUGUUGACAAAGAGAGCGGCCAACUUCAACAUUGCGCUGGAUGACGUAUCCAUCACUACCCUGACCUUCGGAAAGGAAUUCACUGCUGCCAUUGAAGCUAAACAGGUCGCUGCACAAGAAGCUGAAAGAGCCAAAUUUGUAGUUGAAAAGGCCGAACAAGAUAAACGAAGUGCCAUCAUUCGAGCACAGGGAGAGGCCAAGAGUGCUCAGCUGAUCGGCCAAGCGAUCGCCAACAACCCGGCCUUUAUCACCCUUCGCAGGAUCGAAGCAUCCCGGGAGAUUUCUCACACCGUUGCUAGUUCGAAUAACAAGGUGUACUUGAACUCCGAUGAACUGCUGCUGAACCUUCACGACCUGAACAAGGAGCCCGCUGCUAAGAAGUAACUGCUCGUCGACAUCGCACUGUGUCUUAUAGUUUUUGGUUUUUUCCAAAAAUUAUGGUCAGCUGUGUUUUCAAGUUACGGUAGGUAUCAUUUGGACAUUACAGCGACUGGAAGAAUUGGAGUAUCUGUUUGUUUGGUAAUUUGAUUCACCCUGAGGUUCUAUAGAGGAGAUGUUCUUCUGCGUUUUGAGGGAAAAUUGCUUUCAUAUUUGCCCAGUAGUAUUUACAUGAAUCUUAUAAAUAAAUGGCAGUGAAACUUGGUGAUC